UGCUCAAUAAAUUUAGGAAGCAAGAAUAACAUAAAAAUUAAAUUACAAAACGAACCAAUUUUAGAUUAUCACUGCAGUUGAACGCAAGAAAAAAGGAUCACUGAUAUUUGUUUCAAAUUGUCGCACGCCUUCGAAACGCGAACAGAUAAUCAGAAAAUUGGGAAAGUUUACUGAAAUUACUGUCAGAGGAAAAUGCGAAAAGGCAUUGUCACUAAACACCAAGCGCGUUUCCUGCAAAACAGACUGCAGUGACGACUCUUUGACAGCCACUCAUCGAUUCUAUAUCGCAUUUGAAAAUAGCAACUGCAUUGAUUACGUCACGGAAAAAUAUUUUGACCGAAUCUCUCAACUACUUGUGCCUGUUGUAAUGAAAAGGCGGAUUUAUGAAGACGCUGGCCUUCCAAAAGAUUCCUUUAUAGCGCUGGAUGACUUCGAUUCUCUUGAGAAUUUGGGGAAUUACUUGAACACUUUACGCGAAAACGACACUGAAUAUCUCAGGUUAGGUCACAUUCAUAGGAGAAACUUCUAAAG